AGCGAUGAUCUAGCUUCUCCCAUCAAUGGCCAUAGAGCUCCAAAACCUAUAGUUUUGGAAAACCACAACUUCCAGGAUGCCCAAAGCCGAUUCACCAUUGAAGAAGGCGGCUUAAAGCCAAUUCAGACCACAAUCAACUUCCCUUGAAACAAGGCCAAGACACAGUCCUUGUUUGCAAAGGGCCAUUCCCCUUUUUUAUUGAUCAAAUUUUCUUCAAACCAUCUCCAUUUCCGCACCAAACACCAAACUAGAAAAUGAUGAAGUCCCAUUCCAAUUGGAUUCUUCUCUUCUUUUCCCUCUUCUUCUUGCAGCAGACUGAGCCCGGCCAUGCCUCAAUGCAGCUGGAUUCGGUAGCCAUUGAUCUUGGCUCUCCUGCUCCAUCUCCAUAUGGCGCCUCCCCAAACUACCAGCCUGUGCCUGCCCCGAGCUCGAGCUGGGGCGCUGCCUCUCCUUACCACGCUUCUCCUGACGCCCAGCCCGCGGCAUCUCCAGCACCCGCUCCCGCACCCGGAGGACCCUCCGCCUCACAAGGGCCAGCAGCAGACUUAUUCUCCGGACCGGGACUCGGCCUUUCGACCAUCCAAAGCGUUCUGCAUUCGGCCCCCCAUGAUCCAGCCUUGGACAGGAUCUGUGGCAGCACAGACUAUCCGGAUUUGUGCUUCCCGGCGAUUAUUCCCGCCGUGAAGGGUGGCAAGGCGGACCUCCAUGUGGUGGUUGGGAGCGCGAUAAAGGCAGUCAUGGCUCAAACGGAGCUGGCUGUGGCCACAGCCACGAAGCUCUUGCGCAACGCCCCUCCUAAGAUGGCGUCCGCCUUGGGAGAUUGCAAGAGCAGCUAUGGCGACGCGAUGGACAACCUCAAGCAGGCGAUGGACGCGCUCAAGAGCAACGAUAUUGGCACGGUGAACACCAUGCUCAGUGCAGCGAUUACAUAUUCGGGGGACUGCACCGAUGGGCUUGAAGGGCAGAGUUCGCCUUUGGUGGACUUCAACAAGAAGCUCAGACACAUGACCAGCAAUUGCCUUGCCAUUGCUGCUUUGAUGAAAUAAUGGUCAUAUAUAUAUAUGUAUGUAUUGAUGAGGCACCUACGCCUAGUCUAUGAUCUCUUUAUGUUGGUUGUGAAAAAAUAUGUAUUGCCUUUUUAUAUUUAUGUUCAUUUUUAAUUCAUCUCUCUGUAUGAGAUAUAUAUAUAUAUAUGUAAUAGAGAUGUAAAUGGGGGGGAGGGGGUGGGGGUCUUCAGCAGCAGUAGAAAGGAGGAAGACUGGCCGGGACUAUUCGUGCUUUUAAUUCCAGUUUCUCUCUGGGAUGAACGAACAUCAAUACAAAUGCUUUAGGCCUUCAAUUCUCAAAUAUUUGAUUGAACAUGGUGAUGCCUUUUGUUUUCUGGUUCAUUUCGCCUCCUUUUGUUUUGGGUUUUGGCUGCACCUUAAGAGUGAUAUUGAACUUGUGAUUUCUGUUGUUGAUAACGUGGAAGAGGGAGGCGGGAGGCGAGGCCCUCGCUGAGCCUUGCAAA